AUGUUACGUCAACGAUUAUUUUUUCUCUAUUUAUUUAUCUUAUUUACUGGCAUUUUUGCUUGGAAAUAUGAUUCUCAUAUUCAAAAUGGUGACACUGAACAUGAUGAUAAAAACAAAUUUCGGUUCGAAAAUCCAAGUCAACCAUCAUUCGAUAAUAAUAAAUAUGAAACCAAACUUUUCCCUAGCAAGACAGUUAAUAAUGAUGGUUAUCAACAACCAAAUGCUGACCAAUUUCUACCACAACGAUCAAUUGAUUCAUAUCGCCAAUCAUCAUCGACACCACUUGCUAGUAGUAGUGAAUGUAAAUAUGAUUUGAAAAAAUAUUGCAAUAAAGGAAGUCAAAAAUUAAUUUCGAAUUUAAAAGUAUUACAAUGUGUUGAUGAUCUUGAUAAGGCUGCGAAUUUAAUUAGCAAAGAAUGUCAACAUCUUAUCUAUAACUUUAAAUAUAAUAUGACACAUUAUCCACUUUUUGAUGAGGCAGUUAUAAAAUAUUGUUCAAACGAUAUAACAUUAUCUCAUGAAUGUGAAUCAUUUGCUGGUGUACAUGGUUCUGGUCGUCUUGUAAUAUGUUUAUAUGACCAUUUACCUAAUAUAACUGAUCCAACUUGUCGUUAUUUUAUUAAUCAAGUGCAAGUUGUUGCUUUCAAUGAUUGGCGUUUAACAGAAUAUUUUGUUGAGGCAUGUAAACCUGAUAUUGGAAUAUUCGAAUGUGGUCGAUUAGAUGAUGAUAAUCAAGCUAUACUACAUGAACCAGGAGCUGUUAUUUCAUGUUUAUCACAAAAACAUAAUCUGCUAGCUCCACAAUGCCGUAAAGAAAUUUUUCGUUUAGCUGAAAUGCAAUCGGAUGAUUAUCAUCUUGAUCGCGCUUUGUAUUUUGCAUGUCGUGAUGAACGAGAACAUUUAUGUGGUUACGUUGCAAGUGGUAAUGGUCGAGUUUAUCGUUGUCUUUAUGAGCAAACAUCUAAUUACAUGAUGUCGCCAGCUUGUCGUAAAGAAGUUCGUCGACGACAAUCAUUAGUAGUUGCAAAUGUAAAGACGGAUGCACCAUUAAUUCGAGCAUGUAGUAAUGAAAUACAUGAAUAUAAUAAAUGUUCUGUUGAUCCUGAUGAAGAUGAUCAAAAAUCAUCAUUAGUUAAAUUACUUUUAUGUCUUGAAGAAAUAUUAAAACUAGGUAAUAAUGUUCAAGAUGAAUGUCAACGUGAAAUGCUUGUUCAUCGUCGUAUGUUAAUGUCUGAUUAUGCUCUUUUACCAGAACUACAAAGUCAAUGUAAUAAUGAAAGGAUACAAUAUUGUCCAUCAUUAUUUCAACAAGGUGCAAGUGGUACAAUAGGUCAACGUGAUGGUCGAAUGAUUCAUUGUUUAUUAGCUGCUGCACGAAAAGAAAAGAAUUUUAGUAAUCGAUGUCUAUCAGUUGUCAAUUCAUUAGUACGUGCAGUUGAUCCCGGUAGCGAUAUACGAGCAGAUCCAUUACUUGAAUCAACAUGUCGACCUGUUAUUGAUAUAUUAUGUCCAAGAGUGAAACCUGGUGAUUCAAAUGUUAUUUUAUGUUUAUUGGAUAAUUUAAAAAAUGCUCGUAUGACAGAAGAUUGUGAAGAUCGUCUUAUGGAAGUAGCUUACCUUUUAGCAAGAGAUUGGAGAUUAACACCAAGAUUAUUACGUACAUGUCAAACAAGUCUUGUAACAUUUUGUCAUCUUCCAAAAGAUUGGUCAAUGAAUCAAGAUAUCAGUGGUGUUCAAGUUGGAAUGUAUUUAGGUUGUUUAUAUCAACAACGACAACAACUUGAUAGAAAAUGUCGAAGUGAAUUAAAACGUAUUAUGCAUAUUCGAACACAAUCUAUUGGUUUAAUGCCUGAAAUUGAAGAUAAUUGUUUAGCAGAUUUGGCAAUAUGUAAAAAUCCAGAAAUUAAAGGAGAAGUAAGAAAAAACUUAAAAUAUAAAGAAUAUAUAGUAAAAUUUCUCUAA